AUGGUCGACAGUAAGGUGCCCCAGCCAGGGCCGGCCAAGUUGAAGCGCAAUGCGGGACCCGAUGAGUGGCUGGAAGCAGCAAAAGACUGCAAGUAUCUCUCGGAAGCACACAUGAAACAGCUGUGUGAGAUUGUGAAGGAGUAUAUGAUGGAAGAAUCAAACAUUCAACCGGUCUCCACUCCCGUAACCAUCUGUGGUGACAUCCACGGCCAAUUCUACGACCUUCUGGAGCUGUUCCGUGUUUCAGGCGGCAUGCCUGAUGGAUCCGAUGUCGAGCCUCCCAAAACAUCCCCCUCCGUGAUCACAUCCGACGACAUCGAACCCCCAUCCACCAUCACAGACCCGAAGCUGCGCAAGAAGUUGAAGAAAGGUGGGGAUGGAGAGGAGGAUGAUGAGUCUGCUUCGAAUACCAGUCAAAGAGGUCGCUCGUCCAGCGGGGGCUCUGGGGAGCUCGCUCUGAACCGGAAUUUCGUCUUCUUGGGCGACUACGUUGACCGGGGCUAUUUCAGUCUGGAGACGCUGACAUUAUUACUGUGUCUGAAAGCGAAGUUUCCGGAUCGGGUGACGCUCGUGCGUGGUAACCACGAGUCGCGACAAAUUACCCAGGUGUAUGGGUUCUACGAGGAGUGUUUCCAGAAAUACGGCAAUGCAUCGGUAUGGAAGGCCUGCUGCCAGGUCUUUGACUUUAUGACGUUGGGUGCUAUUAUCGACGGCCGGGUGCUGUGUGUCCAUGGGGGCCUGAGUCCUGAAAUCCGGACCCUGGAUCAGGUCCGCGUGGUUGCGCGGGCCCAGGAGAUUCCCCACGAAGGCGCGUUCUGUGACCUCGUCUGGUCGGAUCCUGACGAUGUGGAGACGUGGGCUGUUAGCCCUCGAGGAGCCGGAUGGCUUUUCGGUGACAAGGUGGCGGACGAGUUCUGUCACGUAAACGAUCUGACGCUCAUUGCGCGCGCACACCAACUGGUGAACGAGGGCUACAAGUACCAUUUCGCCAACUCGAACGUGGUGACGGUGUGGAGUGCCCCCAACUACUGCUAUCGCUGCGGCAAUCUGGCGUCGGUCUGCGAGGUGGGCGAGGACCUGCGGCCGACGUUCAAGCUCUUCAGCGCCGUCAGCGACGACCAACGACAUGUGCCCACGUCGCGGCCGGGCCGCAGCGAGUACUUCUUGUAA